AUAAAAGAUUUGGUCUUUGAAAUCUCUCUUUCUCUCUCUUGUUCUGUUUUUCUCUCUCUACUCGGAAUUUUCGUAGUUCUUCCGUUGCAGGCCCUAACAGUGACAAAUUUGGUGGUCAUAUAAGGCCGCGUGAAGAAAGAUUCAAACCAUAUUUCAGUUGAAACUGUGACGGAUUUCGAUUUCAAUCCAAAAAAGACGCCUUUUUUGUUUCCGACAAUGUCUGGUUCUGGUUCUGUACUUUCCGACCAGCCAAAGAUUCCGACCAAUACUACUACUUCGCUUAAUGCUCCUCUGAUCUCCGAAACAGAGAGAUUUCCAAAUCUGUGUGUUGUUCUGACAGAGCUCAAAUGCAUAGCCGACAUCGCACUUCCGAUGAUUCUUGUCGGAUUUUUGAUAUACUCUCGUUCGAUGAUCUCCAUGUUGUUUCUCGGGCGAUUGGGUGGUUUGUCCUUGGCUGGUGGUUCGCUUGCGAUUGGGUUUGCUAAUAUUACUGGCUACUCUGUUCUCUCUGGCCUCGCCGUCGGCAUGGAGCCCAUUUGCGGCCAAGCUUUUGGGGCUAAAAAAUUCAAACUUUUGGGCCUUGCCCUUCAAAGAACAGUCGUUCUUCUCCUCUUUUCUUCAGUACCCAUUUCGUUUUUGUGGUUUAACAUGAAGAAAAUCCUCCUCCUUUGCGGCCAAAACGAUGAUAUUGCCAGUGAAGCUCAUUCCUACAUACUCUGUUCUGUCCCUGAUUUAAUUGCUCUGUCUUUUCUCCACCCUUUACGGAUUUAUCUUCGCAGUCAAUCAAUUAACCUCCCUCUCACAUACUGCGCUGGACUAGCCAUUAUAUUUCAUAUCCCAAUCAAUUACCUACUCGUCUCUGUUUUCGAUUUGGGAAUUUACGGCGUCGCUUUGGGAGCUGUGUGGACCAAUUUCAACCUUGUCGGAUUACUGAUUUUAUUCAUCGUAGUCUCCGGCGUGUACGAGAACACCUGGCCGGGAAUGUCGUCGGAGUGUUUGAAGGAAUGGAAAUCGCUACUUGAAUUGGCGAUUCCGAGCUGUAUUUCGGUGUGUUUAGAAUGGUGGUGGUAUGAAAUCAUGAUUUUGCUAAGUGGGUUCAUGAUAAAUCCUCAAUCAACAGUGGCUUCCAUGGGGAUUCUGAUACAAACCACUGCUUUGAUCUACAUUUUCCCUUCGUCAUUAAGCUUUGGAGUAUCAACCAGAGUGGGAAACGAAUUGGGUGCAAAUCGUCCAAACAAAGCCAAAUUAGCCGCCAUUGUUGGGCUCUGUACAAGCUUCUUCCUUGGGCUAUCAGCUUUGGCGUUCGCUUUCAAUGUCCGGAAAGUAUGGGCGAAAAUGUUCACGAAUGACACAGGAAUCAUCGAAUUGACAUGUCUGGUUCUCCCAAUCAUCGGACUCUGCGAGCUGGGGAACUGCCCACAGACGACAAGCUGUGGAGUAUUGAGGGGCACCGCGCGGCCAAAAUUGGGGGCGAACAUAAAUUUGGGAUGUUUUUACAUGGUGGGAAUGCCAAUUGCUAUAUGGCUGAGCUUUUACGGCGGGUGGGACUUCAAAGGGCUGUGGAUUGGGCUGUUGGCGGCGCAAGUGUCUUGUGCCAUAGCGAUGCUGAUGGCUCUGGUUCGGACCAAUUGGGAAGAACAGGCCGAGAGGGCUAAGGAGCUGACUGGAAGUGGGUCGGACGAUGAUGAUGAAAAAACAGAGCUUUUGAAUGCGUAGAUCUUCUUCUUUUGUUUUUUUAGUAAACAAGUUAGCUUUUUUUGGCCCUUCUUUUGUAUAGGAUAGAAGAGUACAACAUAGAUAAGAUAAAAAAGGACCAAUUUUAUUGAUAGUGUUAUCAUUGGUAGCAUGAUGAAUACAAAAUUCAGCUACUCUUACGUUU